UUUGGAGUACCCCGCCACUGGGGACGGGAGCCCGGGGAGGCGGGGAGCGCCGGCGACCUCCGAAGGCCUGGAGGAGGCGUCGGAGUGAGGCGCCAUUCGACGCCAUGGCUGAACCCCUGAAGGAGGAGGAAGGCGAGGACGGCUCUGCGGAGCCCCCCGGGCCGGUGAAGGCGGAACCCACCAACACUGCUGCCUGUGUAGCGGCCAAGAACCUGGCCCUGCUCAAAGCCCGCUCCUUCGACGUGACCUUUGACGUGGGGGACGAGUACGAGAUUAUCGAGACCAUAGGCAACGGGGCCUAUGGCGUGGUGUCCUCUGCGCGCCGCCGUCUCACCGGCCAGCAGGUGGCCAUUAAGAAGAUCCCUAACGCUUUUGAUGUGGUCACCAACGCCAAGCGGACCCUCAGGGAGCUGAAGAUCCUCAAACACUUCAAGCAUGACAACAUCAUCGCCAUCAAGGACAUCUUGAGGCCCACCGUGCCCUAUGGCGAGUUCAAAUCUGUCUAUGUGGUCCUGGACCUGAUGGAGAGCGACCUGCACCAGAUCAUCCAUUCCUCCCAGCCACUCACUCUGGAGCACGUGCGCUACUUCCUGUACCAGCUGCUCCGGGGCCUCAAGUACAUGCACUCGGCUCAGGUCAUCCACCGCGACCUCAAGCCCUCCAACCUGUUGGUGAAUGAGAAUUGUGAGCUCAAGAUUGGUGACUUCGGCAUGGCCCGUGGCCUGUGCACCUCGCCCGCUGAGCACCAGUACUUCAUGACUGAGUACGUGGCCACACGCUGGUACCGUGCUCCUGAGCUCAUGCUCUCGCUGCACCAGUACACGCAGGCCAUCGACCUGUGGUCUGUGGGCUGCAUCUUCGGUGAGAUGCUGGCCCGGCGCCAACUCUUCCCAGGCAAAAAUUAUGUACACCAACUGCAGCUGAUCAUGAUGGUGCUGGGCACCCCAUCGCCGGCUGUGAUCCAGGCUGUGGGGGCUGAGAGGGUGCGGGCCUACAUCCAGAGCCUGCCACCCCGUCAGCCUGUGCCCUGGGAGACGGUGUACCCAGGUGCCGACCGCCAGGCCCUGUCCCUGCUGGGGCGCAUGUUGCGUUUCGAGCCCAGCGCCCGCAUCUCCGCAGCUGCUGCCCUUCGCCACCCCUUCCUGGCCAAGUACCACGACCCUGACGAUGAGCCUGACUGUGCCCCGCCUUUUGAUUUUGCCUUUGACCGUGAAGCGCUCACCCGGGAGCGCAUUAAAGAGGCCAUAGUGGCUGAGAUUGAGGACUUCCACGCACGACGUGAGGGCAUCCGCCAGCAGAUCCGCUUCCAGCCUUCCCUGCAGCCCGUGGCCAGUGAGCCUGGCUGCCCUGAUGUUGAGAUGCCCAGUCCCUGGGCUCCCAGUGGGGACUGUGCCAUGGAGUCACCUCCGCCAGCUCCACCACCGUGUCCCGGCCCUGCACCUGACACCAUUGACCUGACCCUGCAGCCGCCCCUGCCAGCCAGUGAACCAGCUCCUCCCAAGAAGGAGGGUGCCAUCUCAGACAACACCAAGGCGGCCCUCAAAGCUGCGCUGCUCAAGUCCUUGCGGAGCCGGCUCAGAGAUGGCCCUAGCGCUCCUCUGGAAGCUCCUGAGCCUCGGAAGCCGGUGACUGCCCAGGAGCGCCAGCGGGAGCGGGAGGAGAAGCGGCGGAGGCGGCAGGAGCGAGCCAAGGAGCGGGAGAAGCGGCGGCAGGAGCGGGAGCGCAAGGAGCGGGGGGCCGGGACCUCUGGAGGCCCCUCCACUGAUCCCCUGGCAGGGCUGGUGCUCAGUGACAAUGAUCGCAGCCUGCUGGAGCGCUGGACUCGCAUGGCCCGGCCCCCAGCCCCCACGCCAGCCCCAGCGCCAGCCCCAACCCCAGCCCCAGCACCAGCCCACGCCCCGGUCCCAACGCCCAGCCCAGCCCAGCCCAGCAGUCCUCCUGCUGGCCCCCCAGCACAACCUGUAGGCUCCACCCCUGGUCCUGCACCGCAGCCCGCCUGCCCACCCCCUGGCCCCACUCCCCACCCGGCCAGCCCUCCUGGGCCCGUCCCUGGCCCUCCUCCACUCCAGACUGCCACCUCUAGCCUCCUGGGCCCCCAGUCGCUUGUGCCACCCCCCGGGGUGCCUGGCCCCAGUGCUGUUGGUGUUCUGCCUUACUUCCCAUCUGGCCCACCCCCUCCGGACCCCGGAGGGGCCCCUCAACCCUCCACCUCAGAAUCACCCGAUGUGAACCUGGUGACUCAGCAGCUGUCCAAGUCACAGGUGGAGGACCCGCUGCCCCCGGUCUUCUCGGGCACUCCAAAGGGCAGUGGGGCCGGCUAUGGUGUUGGCUUUGACCUGGAGGAGUUCCUAAACCAGUCUUUUGACAUGGGCGUGGCUGACGGGCCACAGGAUGGCCAGGCCGACUCAGCCUCACUCUCGGCUUCCCUGCUUGCUGACUGGCUGGAGGGCCACGGCAUGAACCCUGCCGACAUUGAGUCCCUGCAGCGUGAGAUCCAGAUGGACUCCCCGAUGCUGCUGGCUGACCUGCCGGACCUCCAGGAGCCUUGAGGCCCACAGCCUGUGCCUUGCUGCCAGGGGCAGACGCAGCUACAAGACUCACAGGAACGUUUCCAAGGGCUGGACCCCUGGGCCCAGCAGUGGAAGCUCAGCUUCGAUGAUUCUGCAGGUUCAUCUCAGACACACUCUGCAGCCUUAAGCAGCCACCUGAGCCACCACCAAGCCAUGGCAGGAUCAGGAAACCUCUACUCCCUGAGCGAUCCUUUUCAGUAUUGUAUUUUUUUAAUUAUUAUUAUUGUUAUUAUAUUAAUAUUGUGACACGAUCUUUUUGCCAUCCAGAUAAGGCCUGUGAAAUAUAAGAUUCC